AUGCCGCAUAAGAUUUCGUUGGUGGUUUUGUGUAUUUUGGGGGCCAUUUUAGCGGAACCACCAGUCGAACCCUACCCACCGGCACGGGGUCAAACGCCGGGGGCCACCUACGGUCCCCCCGGGUUCGAGCCUGGCUCGCCGAUUGGUUCUGGUAACGGUCACGGGGUUGAUAGCGACCAAAGGCCGGGAUCCAGUUACCUGCCACCGGGCCAGGGAAGACCCGGGUCAUCGUAUGGUGCACCUUCGAGUGGUAAUGGAUUUGGUGGUGGACGACCGGGACAAGGCGGCGGUAAUGGACACGGCACAGGUGGUCGCCCUAGCUCGACGUACGGAGCACCUGGGCAAGGAAAUGGCAACGGGCAUGGUUCAGGUGGUCGCCCCAGUUCAAAUUACGGAGCUCCUGGACAAGGGAAUGGUAACGGACACGGCCCCAGCUCAACUUACGGAGCUCCUGGACAAGGUAAUGGUAACGGACACGGCCCCAGCUCAACUUACGGAGCUCCUGGACAAGGUAAUGGUAACGGACACGGCCCCAGCUCAACUUACGGAGCUCCUGGACAAGGUAAUGGUAACGGACACGGUCCCAGCUCAACUUAUGGAGCUCCUGGACAAGGAAGUGGUAAUGGACACGGUUCAGGCGGUCGCCCCAGCGGUGCCUCAGGCAAUGGGUUUGGAGGUGGAAGACCCAGCUCAACUUACGGAGCUCCGGGUCAAGGAAACGGCAAUGGUCACGGAUCUGGAGGCCGCCCCAGCUCCACCUAUGGUGCGCCAGGUCGGGGUAACGGCAACGGGCACAGUUCCAAUGGACGCCAUGGCUCAGCGUUCGGAGCACCAGGUCAAGGUAACGGACGGCCGAGUUCGUCAUACGGAGCACCAGGACAAGAUACCGGUUUCGGCGGCGGAGCACAAGGACAAGGAUAUCCCUCAAACCAAGGCCAAGGGUACCUACCGCCACAAAGCGGACACGGCGCCGGAAACGGUUACGGAAGCAAUGCUGAGGAGUCAUCGGAGCCGGCAAAGUACGAAUUCGAAUACCAGGUGAACGACGAACAGUUUGGCACGCAGUUCAGCCACCAAGAGCAACGCGACGGCGACGUAGCAACAGGCGAGUACGAUGUACUUCUUCCUGACGGUAGAAAACAGAUUGUGCAGUACCAAGCAGAUACUGAAGGAUAUAAACCAAAGAUUAGUUACGAAGGCGAUGCGAGUAGCGGCGGCGGUUACCCGAGCGGCGGUCCUAGCGGGAGGCAGGGGGGUUACCCAAGCGGAGGCUCGGAUGGUUACCCGAGCAGCGGGCCAAGCGGUGGAUCCGGUCCAUACUAA